ACAGCAAAGUGGGGACCAACUCCAUAUUUAUGCCCAUGAUUUUGGAAUGAGAUGUUUGACGAGCAAGUGUCCACAUACUUUUGGUCAUUUAGUGUAUCAGAGUGAGACUGAUAACAAGCUUAGAUAGUUUAGCGGCGAGCUAACUUAUCGAUCUAAAAAAUAUUGACUGACAUAAAAAGAGAAACUGCUGAUGCACAACCAAAUUUCAAAAUUGCACCUUGUGUAUUCUACUAUUCUAACUCUCAACAGUAAGUUGAGACCCCCCCUUCCCAUCCCUGGUUUAUCACAAUAGACUACCCAAAUGCAUACCAGGUUUUGGCUCAAUUUGUUUUACCACAAACAAAUUGUCUCAAAACAUUGGACUCAGAUGCAGAUUUGUUAUCGGGUAUGACCCAGUUACAGAUCAUAACAAAAUAUGAAUAUGCCUGUAUGUAAAUAUGAAAUGAUCCAAUACUAACACUCCUUUAAUGCAGGGUCCUCUGGAGCCUCAUCAUCAACCUUGACAGUGACUCCAAUGAAGGCAACCACCAGGAAUACCCCAACAUUGUCUGUCACCAUCCCCACAGUGGCCCCUGCCAUGCCAACCAGUAGGACAAGUUCAUCAGUCAGUGAAGCACCUAAUACAGAUCCUACUGGUGACACUAGAGUCCCAAUGGAAUCAUCAACUUCAUCACCUGCAACUGAGCCUUCCCAAUACUCUCAGCCACUAACUCCAUCACAAUCAUCCAAUGGCAGCACCACCACACAAACCUCUACAGGUUUUACAGCUGACACUACUAUGAAUCAGACCCUAACUGGAAUAGUUGGUUAUGACUCAACAUCCUCAAUCUUCUCAUCAACUUUGUCGCCAAGCUCUGAUUUUACGACAGGGAACAUGAGCUCAAGCACAGAAAGUGAUGGGAGACAUGUCUUAUCAAGGAGUCCGGGCCUCGUAGCAGUCCUCUGCAUAUUCUGCAUCUGUCUGGGUCUUCUGCUGGCCGUUGGAAUUGCAAAGCUCAUUACUCCCAGAGGUUCAACAUUUCAGAGGCUUGAAGAUGUGCCAUUGGGCAAAAUAAAUGAAGAGUCUCCAUUUGCCCGUUACCCUGAAAAACAAUUCUGAAAGAAAACACAUCAUGAGAGAAGGUAUUCUAUUUGGGGUUCAGACAGUGUUGUUCAUGAGGACGUGUCACCCACCAUCAUGUUUAUGUUCCUGUUUUUGUUUGUUUAAUUUGUCUGGCUGCUGGAAAGUGACGUGUGUUUGAAGGAAGUCAGUAUAGGCACUAAAAGCAAUCCUGUGAUGUGGUAAAGAAUAUCUCCUCCCAGGUUGGUCAGCAGCAUACUGAAGUCGAUCGUUGGUACUGUUCAUUCACAGGUGGAUGGAUGCAUCAAGGAACUGAAUACAGAAGAUGCACAGACAAUGUCUGCGUUUACACAGGUAGCCCAAUUCUGAUCUUUUGCCAAAUUUUUAGCGAAAGAUCUGAUUUGUCAAAAAUACCAAUUAUUGGCACAAUAUCAGAAUUGGUCUGCCUUUAUAAACACAGCCAAUGUGUCAGGUAUCACUAGAAAUAAAGCUAUGAAAAAAGCUAUAAUAAAGCCAAAUUCUCUGUUUCUUGAAAAGACUAUGACAAACAGGCCUAAUUUUUGUAUGGGUUGAAAUAAAUAAAUGAUUGCAUUGAA